AUGAAAUUCUUCAUUGUAUUUGCUUGCGCUUUGGCCGCUGUAUCCGCCGGAUACGUGAGUCCUCUGGUGUACGGAGCUCAUCAUCUUCAAAUUGUCGGUGCUCAACAUCUGGCUGUUAUCGGAGCUGAUGGUGUCCCAGUUGAUACCGCCGAAGUCCAACAAGCUAGGGCUGAGCAUUCCGUGUAUAAGUUGAACGCUCAACUUAGGAACGGUGAUUUGGUCCAUGGUGUUGUUGCUCAUGUUGCUCCAGUUGUAGCUACCCCAGUGGUAGCUACUUAUGCUGCUCAUUACGCUGUCCCAGCUGUGGUGUCCCAUGGCGGUCUUCCUCUUGAUACCGCUGAAGUAGCUGCUGCUAAGAUCGAGCAUUUCGCUGCUCACGCAGAGGCUUUGGCUCGUAACGCUCAUGCUGUGCAUUACCGUAAACGUCGUGGAAUCUACGCUUAUGCUCCAUGGACUGCCGUCCCACAACACGUCCCAGUCAUCGCCAACGGUGUCCCAGUCGAAACCCCGGAAGUUCAACACGCCAAAGCUGCUCAUUUCGCCGCUCACGCUGAAGCUAAAGCCCUUAACGGCGUCGUAGCUCCCUUCGUAGCUCACUCCUUGGUUUCCCAGGAAGUCCCAGUCAUCGCCAACGGAGUCCCAGUCGAUACCCUCGAAGUGCAACACGCUAAGGCCGCUCACUUCGCCGCCAAAGCCGAAGCCCACGCUCGCAGCGGUCACUACGCUCACGAUUUCAUUGGAUACACUGGUGUAGCUCACCACGUCCCAGUCAUCGCCAACGGUGUCCCAGUCGAAACCCCAGAAGUACAACACGCCAAGGCCGCUCACUUCGCCGCUCACGCCAACGCCAUCAACAGUCAAUACGUCCACGGAUACACUGGUGUAGUAUCUCCAGUUGCCUACCAUGUCCCAGUCAUCGCCAACGGUGUGCCAGUGGAGACCCCAGAAGUACAGCACGCCAAGGCCGCUCACUUCGCAGCUCACGCCAAAGCCGCCGCUCACUCUUACCACUAUUAA